GAGAUUCGAACCACAACAGGCCAUGCUUUUCUCCUAGCAAGUCGUAACAGGUUGUUCUUCCUGAGUUUUUAUUUUGUUCUCGUGAAUUUCUGUGAAUGUGAGACAACUGCUGAAAAAAAUGUCGAAGAAACUAAUCAACCACCCAGAUGAUUGUGUCGACGAAGCCCUUGAGGGUCUUGUUAUGACGAAUCCCGGCCUUCUUAUUUUGGGCAAGCAACGUGUCGUCAUUCACGAAUCGGGAAAGGCUUCAAAUGGAAAAGUUGCAGUUGUUGCUGGGGGCGGCGGUGGUCACGAACCUUACGCUGCCGGAUUCGUUGGGCAAGGUCUCUUAACAGCAGCCGUAGUCGGCCAGGUUUUCUCGUCGCCCCCGGCUGGCAGCAUCCUGGCGGCUAUACGUGCAGCACGUUCAAGUGAAAAUGAUGGCGUUCUGAUGAUAGUAAUUAAUUACACCGGUGAUAGAUUGAACUUUGGAUUGGCUUUAGAAAGGGCUCGCAUGGAAGAUAUUCGCGUGAAAAUGGUCAUUUGCGAUGAUGAUUGCGCUCUUUCCAGCCCCUUCAAAGCUGUUGGUCGUCGAGGAUUAGCUGGAUCGCUCUUCCUCAUGAAAGCUGCUGGAGCUUUGGCCGAGAGAGGCGAUCCACUGGAUUCAAUCGCCCAUGUGCUCGAAGAAAUGAAACAAUCCAUCGGAACAAUCGGUGCCAGUUUGACGUCAUGCAGUGCUCCAGGUGGUGAAGUUAUGUUCCGUUUGGAAGAUGACGAAGUCGAGUUGGGCCUAGGCAUCCAUGGUGAAGCAGGAGUCAAAAGAAUUCAAAUGACCACCGCAUCCAAGAUCAUCGAGGAGAUGCUGGAUCGGAUGACAGACAGCGAGUCUUCUUCAUCAUUUGCUCUUCCAUCUGGUUGUUCAGUAGCUCUGAUAGUUAAUAAUCUCGGGGGUCUGUCCAUUAUGGAAAUGUACAUCGCUGCCCGUGAAGCAAUUAAACAACUAGAAUCGAGGGAAGUGAAGGUAAUCCGCUGCUACGUCGGGCAUUUGAUGACUUCGUUGGAGAUGAGAGGAAUCCAAUUGUCCGUGCUACGUGUGGACGAAGACUGGAGGAGUUGGUGGUUAAGUUUACUGGAUGCACCGACGUCCGCGCCAGCGUGGCCCCACCCACUUUAUCCUGAUAGAAUUACUCCUGAGAGACUCUCAGAUGAAGACUACCUCGGGGGACAUCAAUUCCAAAAACGAGGUCCGUCGCUUAGCGAACGUGGACAACGUGCGUUAAAAGCAGCGAUUUAUGGCGCUGCUACUGCUCUGGAAUCCAAUGUCGAUUAUUUGAAUGAGCUGGAUUCUGGAUGUGGCGAUGGGGAUUGCGGUUCUACCCUAAACCGUUGGGUCGAAGGUGUCCGCCAGAUAGACCUAGAAUUGGAAUACCCUUGCACGGUUCUCCAUCAACUCUGUUAUUUAAUGGAAAGCAAAGUAGGAGGCACUUCUGGAGCUCUUUACGGCAUUUUUUUCGCAACAAUGGCCAGGGCUUUCGAAGAUUCGAAUAUCAGUGGAAUAACAGCAGAGCGAUGGAUUCAAGCUUCUAAAGCUGGUCUGGAUGCUGUGAUGAAGUAUGGGAUUGUGGAGCCUGGCGAUCGCACUCUUGUGGAUGCUCUUUAUCCUGCCCUAAAUCAUUUACAAUUACAUUCCAGACCCUGCAUCAAUCAGUUAUUGGAUGAUUUGUGGGCAGCAUGUUCAGUCGCCAAGAAAGCAGCCAAGAAAACGGCCGGAAUGCAAGCAAAGGUCGGACGUGCUAGUUACGUUGGUGAAGAACAGCUAACAAAACCAGAUCCAGGAGCAACAGCAGUUGCCAUUUGGUUCCAAGGAUUCGUUUCUGCUUUAGAUGAUGAGUUGCACUCCAUAUUCUGUGAAAGGAAAAAAGGAAAAAGAGGCAGUAUGCGCAGUUCCUCAAGUGAUGAAGAAUAAAUUUCAAAAGGUCGAGAGGAAAUUUUAGUAACUCCUUCCAAGAAUUUUAAAAGCUUACUAAACCAUGUACCAGUAUUGCCAAUGAUGUCAGUUUCUGCUGAUAACUUUCAAGUCUUUA